UGACUGGAAACAUGCUAAGAAAGUCACGGGAAGCUUGGUGGGAAAUGCCUAGAAGUUGAAUGGAUGAGGUAGAACCAUAAAAGGUAUUUAGAAUUUAGAUACACCUUUGGGUCUAUGCAAUUCAAGCUAAAGACUCUACAUAGUAAUUUCCUUUUUCAUGAUGGAGUGUUCUGUCCAAGAAAGAUAUGAUGUCUUUCUUAGUUUUAGAGGUGAAGACACGCGAGAUAGCUUUACUAGCCACCUCUAUGCUGCUUUGUGUGAUAAGAAAAUCCAAACCUUCAUCGAUAACAAUCUUGUAAGAGGAAAAGAGAUUUCAUCUUCACUUUUGAAAGCAAUUGAAGAAUCCAAAAUCUCUGUUCCCAUUCUCUCUGAAAAUUAUGCUUCCUCGAAAUGGUGCUUGGAGGAACUUGCAGAGAUCAUCAAAUGCAUGAAAAAAAAUGGACAGAUAGUUAUCCCUGUUUUUUACCGAAUUAGACCAUCGGAUGUUCGAAAUCAGACUGGUAGCUUUCACGAUGCAUUUGCUAGAUAUGAAAAAUCUCUAAUGGUGAACAAAGACAAGGUGCAGAGGUGGAGAGCGGCUUUGAAGGAAGUAGCUGGUCUGUCUGGUUGGGAUUCGAUGGCCAUCAGGCCAGAAUCUACACUUAUACAUGAAGUUCUCAAGGAUAUUUUGAAGAAAUUGAAUAGAAUAUUCCCUAGUUACUCCUCAGGUUUGAUUGGAAUCGACUCACGAAUUAAACAUAUUGAAGCUUUAAUAUCCAUGGAAUCAUCUGCUGCUAGAACUGUUGGCAUAUGGGGAAUGGGUGGUUCUGGUAAGACCACUCUUGCCAGAGCUACAUAUGAUCGAAUCUCCUACCAAUUUGAACGUUCCUACUUCCUUUCAGAUUUUAGAAAACAAGGGAAAAAUAGUCUAUUUCAAUUGAGGGAUUCUCUUUUUACGUUUAUCUUAAAUGAGAAAGAUCUAAAAAUGCGUAAUCUUGAUUUAUGUCUGACUGAUUAUAUUCAGGAUCGAAUUCGCCGCACUAAGGUUCUCCUUGUUGUUGAUGAUGUGGAUAGUUCAGCACAACUGAAUCAGCUACUAGCUACAGAAUAUAGUUUGUUUGGUUCAAGAAGCGUUAUUCUUGUGACGAGUAGGAAUAGGCAAGUCCUCAAGAAUGUUGUUGAUGUGAUAUAUCCAAUGAUGGAAUUGAAUGAGCAUGAAGCUCUUAGACUCUUUAGUUUGAAUGCUUUCAAGCAAGCCUAUCCCUCAAGUGAUCAUAUGGAGAAAUCGAAAAGGGUGAUAGCUUACACUAAAGGAAAUCCAUUGGCUCUCAAGGUUUUGGGAUCUUUAUUUUUUGAUAGAAGUGAAGAAUAUUGGUGUAGCGCAUUGAAAAGAUUAGAAAAUAUCCCCAAACCUGAAAUUCAUAAUGUUCUGAGAGUUAGUUAUGAUGUACUAGAUUCUGAAGAGCAAAGAAUAUUUUUGGAUGUUGCUUGUUUUUUCACAGGGAAAAAUCUAGAUGAUAUAAUCACCAUUUUGGACGGUUAUUUUUCAUCGGUGUAUUUAACUAUAAAGACUCUUAUCGAUAGGUGUCUCAUUACUGUUUCUUGGGAUAAAAGGUUGGAGGUGCAUGAUUUACUACAAGAAAUGGGUCGGAAAAUUGUCAAUGACGAAUCUAUUAGACCUGAAAACCGUAGCAGACUAUGGAAUCCAGAAGAUAUUCGCCACAUAUUGUUGGAAAAUAAGGGAACGGAAGCAAUUGAAGGCAUUUGUUUGGACUUAUCUAAAGCAAGGGAAAUAUGCUUACGACGUGACGCCUUUGCAGGGAUGCAUAAUCUUAGAUAUCUCAAAUUCUAUGAGAGUAAGGAUAUUGCACAUGGAGGAGGUAAAAUGCAACCUUAUGAUGGCGGCCUUCGAUUUCUUCCUACCGCAUUAAGGUAUCUCCACUGGUAUGGUUGCCCGGUGAAAACUUUGCCAGCAUAUUUCGGUGCUGAAAAUCUUGUUGUGCUGGAGAUGCCUGAGAGCAGGGUUAAAAAGCUUUGGACUGGAGUGCAGUAUCUUGUAAAUUUGAAACAAAUCGACCUUUCUUGGUCUGAAUAUCUGAUUAAAAUUCCAGAUCUAUCAAAAGCCAUAAACAUUGAGAGAAUAAAUCUUCAAGGUUGUACAAGUUUAGUGGAGCUUCACUCAUCCACUCAACACCUUAAAAAACUUGAAUUCCUUGCUCUGUCCUGUUGUGUUAAUGUGAGGAGCAUUCCGAGUAGCAUUGGCUCAAAAGUUAUUAGAUGUGUUGAUCUAUCAUAUUGCCUCAAGGUCAAAAGAUGUCCAGAAAUUCUUUCUUGGAAAUUUCUUAAAGUGCUAAGGCUUGAAGGAAUGUCAAAUUUAGUCAAGUUUCCAGAUAUUGCAGCAACUGAAAUUUCUUCGGGCUGUGAUGAGUUGAGUAUGGUUAAUUGCGAAAAGCUCUUGAGUCUACCAAGCAGCAUCUGUAAAUGGAAAUCACUGAAGUAUCUUUAUCUUUCAAAUUGCUCGAAACUUGAGAGCUUCCCAGAAAUCUUGGAGCCCAUGAAUCUAGUGGAAAUUGAUAUGAAUAAAUGCAAAAAUCUCAAGAGGCUUCCAAAUAGCAUCUAUAAUUUGAAAUAUUUGGAAUCCCUUUAUCUGAAAGGAACAGCUAUUGAAGAGAUACCCUCAUCUAUUGAACAUUUAACUUGUCUUACAGUGUUGGACCUCAGUGAUUGCAAGAACCUUGAGAGGCUUCCAAGCGGAAUUGAUAAACUUUGCCAGCUGCAGCGUAUGUACUUACACUCAUGCGAGAGUCUUCGUUCCCUACCUGAUCUUCCACAAUCUUUACUUCAUCUAGAUGUUUGUUCUUGCAAAUUGCUAGAGACUAUACCAUGUGGCUUAUAUAAAUAUGAUAAAAUCUGGCAAGCCAUAAGAGGAAAGCAAAAUACAGAGGAUAACAGCAAGAGAGAUCAACCUACAGAAGAGCAGUUGUUGUACCGUCAACUCUGCAGAAAUUUUGACGUCAAGUGUAAUUAAAGUAAAUUAAUCCUUUAGAAUACAAUCUCAAGUUCUUAACUAA